CAAACUAGAAAAUUCCUAUAGCGGACUGUUUUCGACGCAACUUCAACAUCAGCACGCCCAGCAUCCCCCCCGACAGCGCAGGUCAAAAUGAAGUUCCUCAAGGUCGGCCGCGUCGCCAUCAUCACCCACGGCCGCUACGCCGGCAAGAAGGUCGUCAUCAUUCAGCCUGUCGACUCCGGCAACAAGGCCCACCCCUUCGGCCACGCCCUCGUCGCCGGCAUCGAGCGCUACCCCUCUAAGAUCACUCGUCGCAUGUCCAAGACGAGACAGGAGAAGCGCAACAAAAUCAAGCCCUUCGUCAAGCUGGUCAACUACAACCACCUGAUGCCCACCCGCUACACUCUGGAGCUUGAGGGCCUUAAGGGCGUUGUCAGCAACGACACCUUCAAGGAGGUCACCCAGCGUGAGGAUGCCAAGAAGACGGUGAAGAAGGUUCUGGAGGAGCGUUACACGAGCGGCAAGAACCGGUGGUUCUUCACGCCUCUGAGAUUUUAAAGGGAAACCGUUUCUGCAAUCGUCCACAGGUCGGGGAGUUGGGCUGGCUUGUACAGAGCAUCAAUUGGCAUUCGAGGUCCUCGGUUUAAGGGCUCCCAAUGAGACACCAUUGAACCAUCCAAGACGUUUGCGCCCUGUGAUACCUCGACAAUGGUCAAUGCCGCCGCCGCUGCUGCUGCUGCUGUGAUCCCAGAGAGCGAGAGAGAAGAGAGUGAUAGAGAAAAGCAAAAAAAGGGUCAAGGGUCUAUGAUGACUGACGGGUAUGAUUCAGCCCUCGGCCGUGGGAUGGCCAUGAUCAAUGGAACAUGAAAUAAGCAAGUCAAAAGUCAACUUUCCCAGCCAA